CUCACCACCCAGCGAGCUCAUCACAACCACACGCGCCUUCUCCCAGUCCCAGCUCACUCGGGCCGGCCAUGAUGAGCGGCGGCAGGAUGAACGGCCCGGCGAGCGACGACUUCCCGUUCGGGGCAAUGCAGCCGCCGCCCUACGUCGGCUUCGAGCACGCCGGCAUGGUGCAGGCCGGCGGCGGAGGAGGUGGAGGGCAGCGCCACCUGCAGGGCGCGAUGAUGUACGACAACCUGGACUUCGCGGCCGCCUUCGGCCAGUUCCAGGACGCGCCGCACCACCAGAUGCUGGGGAUGCCGCCGAACGGGAGCGGAGCAGGCGGGCUGGUCCCCAUGGCGCCGCCGCCCAUGCCCAUGCCCGGGAUGCAGCUGCAGAUGCCGCCCAUGGCCAUGCACGGCCACGGCGACGUGUACCCGACGCUGGGGAUGGUGAAGCGCGAGGGCGGCGGCGCCGGGGACGCGGGGAGGAUCGGGCUCAACCUCGGCCGCCGGACCUACUUCUCCCCGGGCGACAUGAUGGCCGUGGACCGGCUCCUGAUGCGGUCCCGCCUGGGCGGCGUGUUCGGGCUCGGGUUCGGCGGCGCCCACCACCAGCCGCCGCGCUGCCAGGCCGAGGGCUGCAAGGCCGACCUCUCCGGCGCCAAGCACUACCACCGGCGCCACAAGGUGUGCGAGUACCACGCCAAGGCGUCCCUCGUCGCCGCCAACGGCAAGCAGCAGCGCUUCUGCCAGCAAUGCAGCAGGUUCCACGUGCUCACCGAGUUCGACGAGGCCAAGAGGAGCUGCAGGAAGAGGCUGGCCGAGCACAACCGCCGCCGGAGGAAGCCGGCGAGCAGCAGCACCACGGCGACGUCAAAGGACUCGGCGCCGCCUUCCAAGAAACCCAACCCCGGUGCCAUCUCCGGCUCCUCCGCCGCCGACAACAACACUUUGAGCGCCACAAAGUCGACCAUCUCGUCGAACACGAGCGCCAUCAGUUGCCUGCAGCAGCACAACCAGAGCAAGGCGGCGGCGGCGGCGGCGAGGCCGAUGACACUCACACUGGGAGAGCCACGGGAGAAGGACGACCACCACCAGCAGCAGCUCAACAGCGCCAUGCAGCUCCACCACCACCAGCAGCAGGAGCAGCAGCACUUCAUCACCUCCCUGCUGCAGCAGAACAACAACGGCAACGGCAACAGCAACAUCCUGUCGUGCUCCUCUGUGUGCUCCAGCGGGUUGCCGUCCGCCGGGGCGGCCAACGGCGAGGUCUCCGACCAGAACAACAACAGCAACCACGGCGGCGGCAGCAACAACAAUAACAUGCAUCUGUUUGAGGUGGACUUCAUGUAGACCGAACGAUGCAGGUGAGGUUGGAGUUGGAGGUCCAUGCAUGCAUGGCGCCAUGGAGUGGUGUCCUUUAAUUAAUUUGUGUGUAGGUAAAAAAAAAAAGAAGGAGAGCAAAAAACUUCAGGGUAUAGUCCAAAGUGUCAAAGCGCUGAGAUCAGCUAGCAAAGGCUGUGCAAGCUAGCAUGCUUGGCUAACGCAUGCAUGCACAUGCCUUUCUUUCAACUUCCUUUCCUGUAGUGCUCCUGUGUAGUGCUGCAAGCAAGCAUGCCAUUUCUGUUUCAGUGUGGAAAUAAUGUUUGUGUUAGUA